AUGUGCCACCACUUUACUAGUCCUAGAUCCAUCACCCGUAGCCGUUCUAUCAAGAGGGUAGGCCAGCACUAUUCGGAAGGUAGUGGAAACGUUUGUACCAUCACCUACGUUAGAGCCAUCAGAAAAGACGUCUACCAAGGUCUGUUGAGCGACGGGAAGCCAUUCACGAUGACUAGAGCGGCUAUUCGUGCGUCGCCAAAGACGUACCAACUCCACAAACAGCCAGAUCAUCACAACUGUUACCGACUGGUGUGUAAGGCGGUCGAAAGGUAUCGCGAGGUCAAAGACAUUCGUGCAGCCUGCGGAGCCAAGCAGAGGGAUAUGCCAAACAGAGCCAAGACAGUCUACCAUCUCUGUAAUGGCGAGAAAGUCACAGAUCUGGAGCUGAAAGAAGACGAGGACUGCCAGGAAUACGAUGUCGUCUCAAUCAAAGACUCUGACGGUGAGACAACAAGGAAGUAUCUCUCAGAGUUGCGUUGGGUACCAUCCGACGAUACCGCUCCUUCCGACCAAGACGAGGAUCGAGACCUGUCUCAACCGCUGAUGAGUACUACAGACUCUCUGACCGCAGAUUCUCAUAUCCAAGAAGAGAGCGUCAGCCAACGUCAACCAAACAUUCAGGAGAGAACAUCGAGUAUUCCAUCAACAUGCGACGAUCUUGAUCGGACCUGCAGCAAGUCAAGGUGUAUGCCUAUGUGUAAUGGAGUUGACCAUACAUAG